AGCAACUGUGCGUUUCAAUCAGCUGUCUCUGCUCGGUUGAAAUUGGCAGAAAUCAGUCUUUUAGACAAAUAUUCGACGCAAUUUUCUUCUUAACCGGGUCACAGCAAGGAUUGGCGUGUUAGGACACCAGAAAGGACAACAAACAGACUUCUUUUGACCAAGUCGCGGAGUAACCAAUACAGUGCUGUCGUGCGAAAAUGCAGGUGUUGCGAAAUUCUUCGACAAAAACAACAAAGAAGCGUCGUCCCAAAUAAGAAGAACCCAAAAAGCGAAAUAAUCAAUUAAAAUUGUAGCGGGAGCUAGCGUUUCUUGCUAAGGAUUACAAAAACAAAGAAGUUCGUCAGGAUUUGGAUUGCUACAAAGGACGAAACCAAAAGUAGCGUGAACAGCUGCAUCAGCUGCGUGGGCAGAGACGCGGGCAGCGACGCCGGCAGUGGCAGCGCAGCAGCAGUUGUAGACGAAACCCAAGCAACAACAACAAGCUUUUUGGUCUUUUUUUGGUCCAACAAUGGAAAUGCGAGAGGUUUUAAGCCGCGAGGGCAGAGAAGCGAAGAAUCUGCUCGUUUACCAGUUUUGCGAUGAGACAACUUCAAGUGGUGCUAGUGGAUCCGUGGGAGGAGUUGAAGGAGGAGCAGGUGGCGACGGUGGAGGAGUUGGAGCUGCAAGCGGAGGCGUACUCUUGAACGGUGACUGUUAUCGCAAGCCGCCCAUGGUGCCACCAAAAUCGCCCAGCGGCACUCCCAAAAACUGCCAAUCGCCCACAUCACCACGGCUGAAAUCCUCUGGCAAUGCGAGCGGUGGAGGAGGAGGCGGAAGCAGUGGUCCACGAGUGCGCAGUGCCUCCACGGGAAGAGAUAAAAAGUCGGAGUUGCAAGCCAGGUACUGGGCCUUGCUUUUUGGAAAUCUCCAGAGAGCUGUCAACGAGAUCUACCAAACUGUAGAGUGCUAUGAAAACAUCUCCAGCUGCCAGGAGGCCAUUCUGGUCCUUGAGAACUAUGUGCGUGAUUUUAAGGCUCUCAGCGAGUGGUUCAAAGUAUCCUGGGACUAUGAAUCCAGACCACUGCAACAGCGUCCCCAAAGCUUGGCUUGGGAAGUCCGCAAGAGCAACCCAACGCCCAGAGUUCGCACCAAAAGUCUGUGCAGUCCGAACAACUCGGGGAAAUCCAGCCCAGCCUUGUUUCCCGGUUCUCAGUCGGGUAAAACCUCGCCUUGCUGUGAUCAUGGACAGAUUUCACCCAAGAAACUCCUACGUGCCUACGACCAAGUGCCAAAGGGAGCAAUGCGUCUAAAUGUGAGAGAACUGUUUGCUGCCAGCAAGCGGGCUACCCAAGGAUCAUCGCAAUCCGAUAACAUGGAGGGCCCAUUAGACUUGAGUGGCGACAAAACGAAUUAUGUUCAACUUAACACCCAGUAUUCCCAAACAGAUCUGGAGGAUCCACACUUAACUCUGGCGGAUGUCAGGGAGAAAAUGCGCAGAGAGGCGGAGGAAAAGGAAGCUCUAGAGAAGCUUGAGAAGGCGGCUUUAGAAGAAGUUAUCAUUCCAGUUGCAAAUGAAAAUACGGAGGAAAUAGCAAGCCAACUAGAGGCACCUUCUGUGGAGGAACCAUUAAUAAAAGAGGAGAACUUAGACAAGGAGACUGCUUUGUUGGAAAAAAAUACUGAACCUACAGCUCUGGAGAUGACUGUGGCUUCUCUGGAGUCCAUGGAAAAUGCACUACUUAACCAGCAGGCCAACAAAGAACCCACGCCACCUAACACUGUCGUUAAACCUGUGGCUGAGUUGUUGAAAAAGCCUCAACCCACAAAUCCGGUGGCAGGAAAUGCUGUCCAAAACAGUCCGCUGAAAUAUUCCAGUGUGCUAAACCGUCCCGUGAAGAAGGUGGUCCCCCCGACUGGCGGAGCAGUUGCUCCUAAGACAAUAGCAACUAAGUCGAAUCAGAUAAAGACAAAUCCUGCGAGAACUGUGAAUGGCUUACGUCGCACUAAAACAGCUCCUCCCCCAAUCAAAAGCACGGGUAAGAGUGGACUGCAGCCACCUCCCAGACCCUCCAGCAAAACCGAGUGCUAUGGUCCACCCAACAAUGUGGCAUCCAGACUGUCAGCACGCUCCAGAACAAUGCUGGAAAUGAAUGGGAGUAAUUCGAAUCCCUCUACCAAUGCCAGAACUCUGCCGAGGAAAACUGCCCCCAGUUCCAUUCUAAGCACUGCCAGAAGAACUAUUGUGAGCUCGAGACUCAGUUCCCGUGAGGAUAUAGCUAGUUCCACAUCCACACUGAAAGCCAGCAAUGAACAGCUCUCGAGUUCAAGGAACACUUUAAAGUCGGAGGAACGACAUUCCGUGGCGAAACAGAUUCAACUGCCGACAGAUGCUAACGAUGGCUGGUUGACUGUGAAAAAUCGCAGGAGGAGCAGCAUGCACUGGGCGAACAGAUUCAAUCAGCCCACGGGCUAUGCCAGCUUGCCAACGUUGGCGUUACUUAAUGAGCAGCAAAAGGAGCAGGAGCAGAAGGAGAAACAAAGGGGAUCAUUAGUAGGAGAGGACAAAACUGUUGCCAAAACCGUUUCGGGAAGAACUGGUGCGUCUGCAGGAGAGACUAGGACUAAAGCCAAGACAGCUCUUACAAUCUCCCGUCCGGAAAUCAAGAAUGCCAAGGCCAAGGUUAACUCCUUUCCGGUGCAAAGGGGCACCGCAAAUCCAGUGAAAAAGCCAGAGAAGCAGGAGAAACCAGAGAUAGUGGAGAAGCCUGAAGUAAAAGUGGCUCCCAAGGUUCCAUCAGUUCCUGCAAGUGGCACUCGAAGCAGCAGCAACAACAGUUCCAUUGGACGCACUUCAAUGAUCAAGAGGCAGAAAUCGGAUCUUACUGGGCUGAAAAUGACAUCCUUGCACAAGGAAUACAUGAGGAGUGAGAAAAAUGCAUUGAGGAAGCUGCAGCAGAAGGAACUGGGUAACAAAAACAGCAACAGCAGUUCCUCAUCAGCGGAAACUGUUGUGGAGUCUUGCAGCGAUGACCACAACAAGAUCGACAUUAAGAUCCAGACCAACUGUGAGUUCUCCAAGACCAUCGGCGAGCUUUACGAGAGCAUUGCUCAUUGCAAACUUCCCAAUGGAAGUCUCAAGCCAAAUGCUUGCAGCCUGAGUGCUUGUGAUGAGAACGAGGAACAAAAUGCGGAAGACAACGAGGAAGAGCGAAAUGAAAGGAUUUUGGGAGAGGUUCAGGAGUCUCUGGAAAGGCAGAUCAGAGAACUGGAGCAGACAGAGAUCGAUGUGGAUACGGAAACUGAUGAAACUGACUGUGAAGUUCAGCUGGGCGAGCAGGACGACGGAGAGGAUGGAUUGGAGUUGGGCAGCGGUGAUGACUCGGCUGUGUUCGUGACUAUGAGCGAUGAUGAGAACGCUAGCUUAGAGUUGAGAUAUCAGGCUCUGCUAUCUGAUAUGUCCUGGAACGAGAGAGCCGAGGCUUUGGCCACUUUGCAGGCAUAUGUGGCCAGACAUCCUGGAAGAGCGCAGGAGCUGCAUCAGAAGUUAUCAUCGCCCUCCAGGCGUCGUUCUCUGCAGGAAACUCUCAAAAAAUAUCAAGCGAAACAGGCGAGGGCUCAGCAGAAAAGAAAUCUGUUGCAACAGGAAAAGGCAGCUAAGCUGCAGCAACUAUUUUCGAGAGUGGAGGAUGUCAAAGCAGCUAAGAAUCAAAUCAUUGAAGACAAACGUCAGAAAAUGCAAGGAAGACUUCAACGGGCAGCCGAGAACCGAGAGCAAUAUCUCAAGCAAAUCAUCGAGAAAGCUCACGACGAGGAAAAGAAACUCAAGGAAAUUAACUUCAUCAAAAACAUAGAAGCUCAAAACAAACGACUGGAUCUUCUGGAGUCCUCAAAGGAAACGGAGGGAAGACUGCAGGAUUUGGAGCAGGAGAGACAAAAGAGGGUGGAGGAAAAGCUGGCCAAGGAAGCGGCUGUGGAAAGGCGGCGUCAAGCUCUGGAAAAAGAACGCCUGUUGAAGCUGGAGAAAAUGAAUGAGACGCGUCUGGAAAAGGAGCAGAGGAUCGGCAAAAUGCAGGAGCAGAAGGAGAAGCAGCGACAGGCUUUGGCUAGGGAAAAGGCCAGGGAUCGCGAGGAGAGACUUCUGGCCCUGCAAGUUCAACAGCAACAAACCACGGAGGAGCUGCAGCGCAAGAUCCUGCAAAAGCAGAUGGAAUCGGCUCGCCGCCAUGAGGAGAACAUCGAACACAUCCGUCAAAGGGCUCUGGAGCUAACCAUGCCCACCAGGCAGGCCGACGAGGGACGUGGCGAUCAGGAUGAGUCCGAGGACGCCUUGAAUGGAAAUACCACGAGCACCACCAACGAGGAUUGCGAUUUGUCUUCUACCUUCUCGGAUGUUGGAGGAAUCUCCGGCCAUUCGAGAAGCUACAAAAAGAAGAUGAAGAAGCUUAAGCAGAGGAUGAGUCAGUGCGCUGCCGAGUACUUAGCCAGUUUGGAUCCAUUGCCCGCUUAUGUGAAACGGGAUAGUACAGUGCCAAAGUUGCUAAAUCUGGUGGUCAAAGGCGGAGGAGCCCAAGGCUUAGACAGGAACCUGGGCAACCUUUUGCGCUUGAUACCCAAAGCACAGACUGUUGAUUUCCAAGCAUUCCUCAGCAUGGACGCUUUGGGAAUACUGGCCAACCAUGUGAUCAGCAAGGGCCUGGAGGAGAACUCCGAGAUCUCAAGAAAAUCCGUUCAUUUGGCCGUGCAGCUGUACAGGAAUGCCUGCUCCGUGUGUCCUCAGAUUGCUCGCCAUGCUCUCCUGGGCAAUUCCAUAACCGUACUGUUCGAUGCCAUCAACAAGAGUUUCCAGUUACCCGAAGAAAAAUCACCACAACAUCCGGUUGAGUUGUCCACGGAGCUAAUGCUGGCCUGCACGGAGGCGCUGUCCUCGAGUUACGUGAAGAAGAACACCCACCCAAAAGUUCCGGAACGCCUGCCGGACAUGAUAAACUUUGCUGUGAUCACGGGCUUAAUCGAAAUCCUUUCCCGUCGCAAUCAAAAGGUGCGCGAGUCCAUCGAGGAUAACCAGAGUGUGAUGCUCAGUUUGCUGACCACCUUGGGCUUCCUUUCCCGAUUCCUCGAUGUUUGCCAGCCAGGUCCUGCCGAUCCGACACGUUUACUGAGUGCUGCCAAGUCCACGGAGCUCUUUGGAACCGUUUCGAUGCUCUAUGGCAGCGUUGUGCCCAUGGGUGAAUGCAUUCCACCGCGCACGACCGCCUUGGCGGCAUCGACUUUUCAUCUUUACGUGUCCCUGGCCUCGCUGGAUGUGAACACUUUCCAGGAGGCACUGACUGUGGAGGGCCCUUUGUCGCUGAAGCUGCUGGACGUGAUGACCCUCAUCCUGAACUUCAGUGUGCCGAGUGCCCAGUGUGUGAAGAACAAUGAGAGCACCACAAUGCUCAUUGAUCUGAUCGCCUCGUUGGCCUUCUUCUGCGUGAACAACCGAAGGCAUCAGGACCUGUUGAUCUCGGAGCAGUUUGCGGUGAUCUUCAAGAACCUGGCCAAGGUGUCCACCCAUUUCUACCCGGUGAUCUAUCCGUUUUUGGUCACCGUCUCCUUUAACAAUCCAGCGGCUAGGGAGCUCCUCAGCAAGGAUUUUGAUUUGACGUUUGUAGAUGAGUACAGCAAAUCGGAGGUGGCCCAAAAGAAUGUCGUUAUUAAACUGAUUAACAGUCGCACUAAGGACAAAAUAGUCCCUAAUAACAUCAGCAGCAAUCCACAGGCGCAGAUCAAGGGAGGUUAAGGCUGUAGCUACAUAUAUCCUACAGAUGGAUCCUUAAACUGAAAGUCUCAACUCUCAAAGUGAUAUUAUUUUCAAAGAAAAUUAAAAAUACAACGCAAGCAAAGAGCAAAAAUACAGAACUUGAAACAUUCGCAAAGAGAUGAAAAACAGGAUGAUUUGAAAAUCGAAUGCACACACACACAAAUAUUUUUACUAUAAUUUAUAUAAACUUAAACGGUUACUUUAACUAGUUUACUAAUCACUCACGUCAUCUCACUCACACUCACACAUUCGCUAAAACACAUUCACAACAAGUCGAACUCGCAUAGAUUUUAUACCAAUAUAUACAUAUAUUACAUAACUAUACAUACAUUGUAGCUUAUGUUUAAUGCAAAGUAUUAACAUUAAUUUAACGCUUGGAUCAAACCCACUCACAAAAACACACAGCAAAUUCUCAGUUAUCGAAUUAAUCAACGCUCUUUGAGCAGAUUCAUCUAUCAGCAACACACUCACAAACAAAAUUGGGGAAAAAGGCAUAAAUCAAAUAAACUACCUAAUGUAUUUUUUAUAGACAUCAACGUUUUGUGCAAAAACAUUAUAAUUAAAUUAAAACAAAUGAAAUAAAGAAUUGAACAAUUAAA